UUGACUUGCCUGUUCGACUCCCUCGCCUCGAGCUUUCCUCCUGUCGAUCGUUUGAAGGCGGCGGCGGCGGUGAUCUGUAGGACAUGUUGAUCGGCGGCGUCGACGAAGAUGGAACCCCGCCGGCGAGCUCCCGGCGAGGCAGCCCCUGUAUACAGUGAUUUUGAUGGAUUGUUCACUGUUGAGAUUCAUCACAAGGGAUUUUUCUAUGGAACUGGCAGCAACAGGACAUACAUGGACUAUCAAGUUGAUUGGUUUGAUAGUUGUGAUAGUGACACAUGGUCUAUAUUGUGGAUUGAAGAUUUUCUUAAGCAGCUGGGGUAUGACAGAGAUAGUGGACAACAUGAAGUGUUUUGGUGUCAGCCUGGAAGGACACUUAGUGAAGAAAUGAAAGAAAUGAAAUGUGAUGCUGACAGCCUUGCAAUGAUAGCAGCUAGUACACAACACAAGAACUUAUUGCUGAUCAUAGACCAUGGAGAUACACUAAACAAUUUGGUACGAGAUGAUGUUGUAGUUCAAGGGGUUCCUGAAUUUCCAAAGGUCAUAACUCCAAGGAAAGACAAGGGAAAAGAACAAGCCACCUCACCUAAAGUUGCAACUGUGAGAAGUAAGAGGAGGGCAAGGGGAUUGUUUUUUGAAGGAUCAUCUUCGGGAUGUGCUGAUGAUGAUGUUGACGAAGAAGACGUAGAACCUGCAGUAGAUUCUGAGACCGAUGAGGAAUUUUUUGACAGUGACUAUGAUGUAGAGGAUGGGGAUGAUGAUUUAUUUGAAGAUCAUGUAGACAAAGAAGUGGAUGAUCACAGAGAAAGAUUUACAACAUGUGACUAUGAAACAGAGCUAGCAGAGGAUGCUCUAGAUGACCCUCACAUCUUGUUAUCCAAAGAAGAGAGGGACAAGUUGAAGUACCAUUUCAAAGAUUUCAAUCCAGAGACAGAUCUGAAUGCUCCUGUAUUUAAGUUAGGAAUGGUGUUUGGUAGUGUGUAGGAGCUCAGACAUGCUAUAACUUCUUAUAGCAUAAGAAACAGAGUUGCAAUAAAAAAGACAAGAAACACAAGCACUACAGUUGAAGCAAUAUGCAGUAAUGCUUGCCCAUGGUACAUGAAAGCAGUGAAGGACAGCAGGAAAAACUGCUUCAUUAUAAAGAAGUAUUGUGAUGAGCACACUUUCCCUAAGUCAUGGAACCUUAAAGGUCUAACUGCUCCAUUUUUAACCAAAAAAUUUAGAGAUGAGUUCAGGGACAAUGAGAAGAUGCCUUUGAAGAAAUUUGAGGAGAAGAUUCAGCAAGAGUACAAUCUCAUACCAAGUAGGACCAAAUUAGGAAGAGCUAGAAGAGAUUCAGUGAAGCAGAUUGGAGGUGAAGAUGAUGACCAGUUCAAGCACUUGUGGGAUUAUAGAGAGGAGUUGAGGACCACAAAUGGAGAGGAGAGCAUAUGUGCCCGUAAUGGAUCAUGGACCUCUUCCAGAAUCAGCUUUUGUUGCAAAUGCUAGAGAUAGCAUACCCCCUCCCAGGGUUACCACAGCAAUGGCAACAGGCAGGGUUAGAAGAAGAGGGGUGACAGAAGACAUUCCUGAAGAUGUCCCUGAAGCAAGCUACCAGGCAACUGGAAAUGCAAGAGGGAGAAAGAGGAGAGCAAUUGGAAGAGGCAGGGGAAAUGUCACAAGAGUAGGCAGAGCACCUGUGAGAGGAAAUGGGAGAGGGAUUGGGACAGCUAGUGGGAGAGGGACUUGGAGAGGUCGUGCCAGCGGGACUGGGAGAGGUCACACAGGAGGUAGGACAGGACCAGGAGCUGGGCUGUGGAACAUCAUGUUUCCACCAGAUGAACCUAGAUCAUAUGUGCGAGCCGAGGAGGUCCCAGUGACACAAUGCACCACAAGAGGAGUGGCUUGAUGAUUUCCAGACCUUAUAGAGCAAGCUGCAUAUCAAAUUAGUUCAUGAAUGAACUGGAAAAAAAUGCAAUCAAGUUCAUGUAUGAACUUUUGUUCUUUGGAUUGUUAGAACUAAAUUAGCCCUCUGCUUAAGUUGAAACAUGU